UCUAACGACAGAAACUUCGAGCAAGGCCGCAGACAUCGUCAUAACAACGACUACACCAACGUUAGCGGAAGAAGAACGUUCAAUCAGGACGAACGCCAAGACGAAAUUUAUAGAAGAGCAGACACUCCCUCCAUCGAAAGGAACUUCAGGACCAGAGCUUUCCGUCCCAAUCCACCAAUAAUAGAAAGGAUGCCAUCUAUGGAAAGAUCGCAGAGCCGAGAAAGACGGUUUCCCGUAAAUUCAGUUGGAGGAUCUAGAAAAAGACGUAUGUCUCGAAGCCUGACUCCUCUUCUUUUUCUAGCCGCUCUCAUCGCUCUUGUUACACCUGUCCAAGCCAAGGAAUACCAGCUGUGCACCGGACUGCACGGAGGACUCUUCAUGGAACCUCCAAGAGCAGUCAGCUGUCAAUACGGCAACAAGACAAAUGAGAUCAGAAAGACUAAGGUAGAAUUAAUAACAAGAAACAAUACGUUCUUAGAAUGGGAAGCAUGGAAAUGUUAUAAAGAAGUUUACUCCAUCCACAUCCACGACGUCAUAUAUAUCCGCGAAGAAAGCAUCGAGUACUCCCAUAAAGAAAACGUCUCACUUGCCGAAUGUCAAUAUGCAGUAACAGAAAGAAACUGGGAUAAGAAAGCAUUGACAAGGAAACAACCAGGACUCUUUGCCAGUGAAGAUCCCAUCUCGAAAGCAGGAAGAUCAAUUUGGAAUCAGGCUUGUGAACGUUUUGAGCAAUUCUAUCUACAGAAAGGAGUAAUGACUAACGUCCAAGAUGGACUCGUCAUGUCAAAUUUGUUCGCCAACACUGAUGGAUGUAAGAAGGAAGAGAAACA